AAAAUUUUUUUAAUCCCUUUUUUCUCUCUCUUUGUGUCUCACUUUCCUCUCCGGAUCCGAAGAUCUUCAGACCGGAAAGCGGCGGGUUCGGCAACGGUUUUCCGAUCGGUUUAAACCGAUUUGGAGCGGAUUGAACCGGAUUCCGACCGGUUCAGUGAGAGCCGUACUGGUCCGAGAAAUUGGCGGGAAAUAAGGUUAGGUGAACGAGAUGGAGUGGAGUUUCUCGAGUUUCAAUGGCGGAAGCUCAGAGAAACCCUAGAAACUUGAUAGGACGGGUGUGAGAGCUCUGUUGAUUGCUUUCUGUGAUUUUGAUCUUUGUUGUGGUUGUUGUUCUAGGGCUUUUGUGGGUUUAUCUAUGAAUGGAGGGAGUGGAAGAGUUAGCAGUUGGGUCGGUGGCGGCAACGGUGGUGGAGGGUUCCGGGACGAACCAUCCGGUGGCUGCGGAGGUGAACAGCGAGAAGCCUAGUCAGGUAGAGGGAGUGGCUCCGACGCAGGUGUCGGCUCCGGCGCAGGUUUUGGCGGUGGUGCCAGGGACGUGGAGUGGGGUGAUGGAGGGUCCGGCGAGGAAGAAGAGAGGGAGACCGAGGAAGUAUGGGCCGGAUGGGAGCUUGCUGGCGCCGUACACCGGGGACCGCCCGGUGACGGCGAAGAAGCGGAGUAGAGGGCGGCCAAUGGAUUUCCUGAAAAGGUCCCAACUUGGGUUUGAGAUGGAAUCUCUAGCAUGCUCUGCUGGUACACAUUUUACACCUCAUGUCAUCAGUGUGGCAGCCGGUGAGGAUGUCACAAUGAAGAUCAUAUCAUUUUCUCAGCAAGGGCCUCGGGCUAUUUGUAUUUUAUCAGCUAAUGGUGUCAUUUCAAAUGUCACACUUCGCCAACCAGAUUCUUCUGGUGGUACAUUGACUUAUGAGGGUCGCUUUGAGUUACUUUCUCUGUCUGGAUCAUUCAUGCCAACUGAUAAUGGUGGGACAAGGAGCCGACAUGGUGGAAUGAGUGUCUCUUUGGCUAGUCCCGACGGGCGCGUUGUAGGUGGGUGUCUUGCAGGACUAUUGGUGGCUGCUAGUUCUGUGCAGGUUGUGGUGGGCAGCUUUAUGCCAGGUUAUCAGAUGGAGCAGAAGAUUAAAAGGCCAAAAUACGAGACUGCAUCAGUCGCCAAACCAACAGCUGCAGUUCCAAUAUCGACCAUAGACACCGAGGAUGUAUUUGGUGAUGCGCAAGCACAGCAGCAAAGCUCGACAAGCCCAAAGCCCACACUUGCAGCUUCCGCAUCCUUUCGGGGAGAAAACUGGUCAACUUCUCUUCAAUCAGCACCAGAUGCAAGAAACUCCAUGACUGAUAUCAACAUAUCAUUGCCAACCGGGUAAAGCAGUAUGACUGACUGCUUGUAGGGUUUCUCACUGAUCAGAACUGUGCAUUCCACAGCCUCUUUCGAUCUUGGUGAAUGCUAGCAAUUGAAUUUCUGCAACCCUCUUGCUUGUCUAACAUGUACACUAGCUUUCUUGGAUUUUUCUGAAUUUUAUUUUAUUAUCGUAGGAUGAACUGAUGAACCUUAUCCAUAUUUUAGGACUACCAAAUUUGUCUGUCUUUGAUUUAUUUUCCUUGACCUUUGUACCGGACAUUUUGAUCAAUAGUGCUGGACCUUUAUUUGUUUUCUGUA